AGCCGGGCGGGCGCCAUGGGGUCGCGGAGGCUCCCCAGCCGCGGCUGGGGUUCGGGAGGACGGUCGGGGGCGGGAGGCGACGGCGAGGACGACGGGCCCGUGUGGACCCCCAGCCCCGCCAGCCGCAGCUACCUGCUCAGCGUGCGGCCCGAGACCAGCUUAUCCAGCAACCGGUUGCCUCACCCCAGCUCUGGAAGGAGCACCUUCUGCUCCAUCAUUGCUCAGCUAACAGAGGAGACCCAGCCACUAUUCGAGACCACGCUCAAGUCUAAGUCUGUGUCCGAGGACAGCGACGUCAGGUUCACCUGCAUUGUCACAGGAUACCCAGAGCCCGAGGUGACCUGGUACAAAGAUGACACAGAGCUGGACCGCUACUGUGGCUUGCCAAAAUACGAGAUCACUCACCAGGGCAACUGCCACACACUACAGCUCUACAGGUGUCGAGAAGAAGAUGCUGCCAUCUACCAGGCCUCUGCCCGCAACACCAAGGGCAUUGUGUCCUGCUCGGGGGUCCUGGAAGUAGGCACCAUGACUGAGUACAAGAUCCACCAGCGUUGGUUUGCCAAGCUGAAGCGCAAGGCUGCGGCCAAGAUGCGGGAGAUCGAGCAGAGCUGGAAGCACGGGAAGGAGGCUGGAGGGGACGCUGAUGUCCUGCGCAAGCUCAGCCCUGACCGCUUCCAGCGCAAGCGGCGGCUGAGCGGAGGCGAGGCACCUGGCCCCUCCGCCCCGACCGGAGAGGCCAAUGAGGAGCCCCGGCCUUGGCAGGAGGGAGAUGCCGAGUCUGCUCAGCACCCAGGCUUGGGCCUGAUCACCAGUCUUCCUCCUGAAGAGUUGCCCACCAACGGGGAGACCACCCCCGAGAAUGGGGAGGACGCUGAGCACGGCCUGCUAACGUACAUCUGUGAGGCCAUGGAGCUGGGGCCCCACAGGGCCCCCAGGAAGGAGUCCCGGGCCAAAAAGAAAAAGAAAGAGGAGGAGUCCAAGCAAGGUCAGCGGAGGCCAGAGUCAGAGCAGGCAACCCGAGGCCAGCGCUCUUCAGAAAACUGUGUCCCCAGUCCUGACCUGCCUGACUCCCCAGCAAUGCAGGAGCCCAGGGACACAGAGCAGGUCCGCAGCCAACCCAGAAGCAGAGCCCCUCAGGGCCCUGGGUCCUCCAGGACUGAUAACACCAGAAAGGCAGCCUCCUCUUUGGACUCUAAAGAUAAGGCUCAAAAUACCCCAGCCCCAGGCCCCUGCCCAAGCCCAGCCCAGGACGUGUACUUCUCCCUGAAGGACAUGUACUUGGAGAGCACCUGGGCAGCCAAGCCUCAAGGAGAGGAGGGGCCCCAGGCCCCAAGUGUCAGGGCACCCAGAGAGACUCUUUCGAGGAAGGCCAGAGAUGAGAGGGUGCCUGCUGCUCCUGGCCAGCCUGUGCCCUCCUUGGCCCCCCAGCCGACGAAACCUUUGAACAGGAAAAGAUUUGCUCCUCCAAAGCCCAAAGCAGAGCCCCCCAUUGACAGCAAACCCAGUUCUCCCCUGAGUCAGGCUCCAGAGCAUGCGGCCCAGAGCUCAGGGAAGGCCCCACCUCCGGGCUCUGCCCAGGUGCCUACGCCCCCCGCCCGGCGGAGACACGGCACCCGCGACAGCCCCUCACAGGGGCGAGCAGUCCACAAGACUUCCGGAGAGGUCCAGGAGUCUCAGGCGACCACGACUCCAACACCAUUGGCCAGCAGUGGCUCUGGCGCUGCCCCUGUGGGUGGUAGUGGCACAUCCAGAAAUCAAUGUGUCAUUGAGCCCAUGGACACGGACACCCGGGUGGAUGUGGUGUCAUCCGCUGAACAGAGGACCAGAGGCAAGCAAGAGAGGCAGUCAGAUGGAGAGAUGCAGGCAGAUGGGAGGGCCCCGGCAGACGCGACCCUAAAAGCCCAGAAGACUCAGGCAAGUGAGAAGACAGAGGUGGACGUGGUAACUCAGGAAAGUGAGAGGCUGCCGGCAGUCGAGAGUGCCCAGAGGGACGUGCUGAUGCAGGCGGAGAGGACACAGGUAGACGAGAAGGCUCCAAAAGGGACAAGGAUGCAGGAGGCAAAGGCAGCCCAGUCAGAGGGGAGCACGCCGACAGCCACAAGUGGUCAGCAGGAGCGGCUGGCCUGGAGCAACACUAGCCCCGAAUCCAGGGCCCCACAGCUCCCUUUGUCACAGGCUCCGAGGCUGCCUCAGGGCCCCAAUGGCUUUGCGCAGACACCAGCAGAGGCUCUUGUCCCAGAGAAAGCUGGCUUUGUGCUCAUAUCUGAGGAGAUUACAGGGGCCACGCCACCCAGGGCCCUUGAAGGGACUGUCUUGGGUCGCCUGUCAGGACCCCUUCAUGUGCCAGCCCAGCCACUGCCACAGGAGAGCUCUGAGCAGGAGGGAGGAGAACAAAGCCAAGGGCAAGAAUGGCCAGGCCCUGUCAAGGCCCCACAGGAGGACAGGCUGUCCCUGUCCCCCGAGGUGCAGUCAGGGGACAAGCUGAGUACAGACGUGGGAGGAUAUCCUACAACUGACACAAGCCAGGAGGUGCCCAGAGCAGCUUCUCUUCCUGGGCCAGGCCUGGCUGGUAGGCCACAGGAGGGGCUGCCCCACAGCCUGGCUUCCACACACAGCUGUCCUGCUACCAUCUUGCCUGCCAUGGAUCAGGCCCUGCCAAGUUCUGCCCCCACACUGCACCUGGGCCCAGGACCCCCUCCACAGAAUCCCUCACCAGAAACCAUGGCCCCCAGCAGUGAGGGGGCCUGUGCCCAGACAGCCCCAAGGGAAGGGGGCACCUCAGGGCCCCGCAGCUGUGACCCUGGCCUUAUCGACUCCCUGAAGAACUACUUGCUGCUACUGCUGAAGCUGUCCAGCACGGAGACAAGUGGGGUGGGGGCUGAGGCUCGGGAGGGCAGUACAGCUGGGGGUCUGGCCCCCCCGUCCACUCUGGCCCCCAGUGUGGAAGUGGCCGGGCUGAGUCCACGGACAUCAAGGCGCAUUCUAGACCGUGUGGAGAACAACCACCUGCUGCAGAGUGCACAGAGCCUGCUCCUGAGCCCCUGCACCUCCCGCCGCCUCACUGGCCUCCUAGACCGUGAGGUGCAGGCCGGUCAGCGAGCCCUGGCUGCAGCUCAGGGCUCCCGCGCCCCAGGCCCCAGCCCCUUCACCGUCCCUUCCAUCGUGGUAGGUGAGGAGGGCACUGGGCAGGCCUCAGCAGGAGCCCAUGAGGGGGAGGAGAAGGGGUCCCUUGAGGGACAAGGAGGGCUCCUGGGGCAGGCAGGGAAGCCAGCAGCCCCUGAGCAGGGACUGCUCCCAGCAGGGGGCAGAACCCAGGAGGCCUUCCCAGAGGACAAGGUCCCAGGGGAGGCUGUGGCAGAGCUGCCUGCAGCCACCCCUGAGGAGCUGGCUCUGGGUGCCCGGAGGAAGCGGUUUCUCCCCAAGGUCAGGGCGUCAGGAGAUGGGGAAGCAGCGAGGCCUGAGGGGAGAGAGAGCCCUUCAGUGUCUCCACGGGGAUCCCGGAAGAGCCUGGCACCUGGGUCCCCAGGGACUCCAGGCCGGGAGAGGCGCUCCCCCAACCAGGGCAGAAGGGCAAGCAUGCUGGAGGUGCCCCGGGCGGAGGAGGAGCUGGCCCUGGCCAACCCCAAGGCCAGUGGGCUGGACGCAGAGCCGAGCCCAGAGGAAGGCAAGCAGGAAGUCCUGACCAAGCCCAGGAAAGCCGGAGACCAGCUUAAAGCCCCUCAGGUGAUACGGAAGAUUCGGGUGGAGCAGUUUCCUGAUGCCUCCGGCAGCCUGAAGCUCUGGUGUCAGUUCUUUAACAUCCUCAGUGAUUCAGUCUUGACAUGGGCCAAGGACCAGCGCCCUGUGGGCGAGGUGGGCAGGAGUGCAGGGGACGAGGGCCCGGCGGCUUUGGCCAUCGUGCAAGCAUCACCCGUGGACUGUGGCGUGUACCGAUGCACCAUCCACAACGAGCAUGGCGUAGCCUCCACGGACUUCUGCCUCAGCCCUGAGGUGCUGUCUGGAUUCAUCUCUAGAGAAGAAGGUGAAGUUGGAGAAGAGAUUGAGAUGACCCCCAUGGUGUUUGCUAAGGGCCUGGCAGAUUCUGGCUGCUGGGGGGACAAACUCUUCGGACGGCUGGUGAGCGAGGAGCUUCGAGGGCGUGGACGCGGUUGUGGCCUUCGGAAGGCCUCCCAGGCCAAGGUCAUCUAUGGACUGGACCCUCUGUUUGAGUCCGGUCGUACGUGCAUCAUCAAGGUGCGCAGUCAGCUGGUGUUUGGGCCCAGCAGUGAGACCUCUCUCCUGGGAAGGAACUACGACGUCACCAUCCAGGGGUGCAAGAUCCAGAACAUGAGCCGGGAGUACUGCAAAAUCUUUGCGGCUGAGGCCCGGGCCGUGCCUGGCUUUGGAGAAGUGCCCGAGAUCAUCCCCUUGUACCUCAUCUACCGGCCCGCCAACACCAUCCCGUACGCCACCCUGGAGGAGGACCUGGGCAGGCCGCUGGAGUCCUACUGCUCCCGGGACUGGGGCUGCGCAGGGCCCCCCACAGCCACCAGCCUCCCCGAGGCCGUGCACAAGUGCCAGACCUUCCAGCACUGGCUGUAUCAGUGGACAAAUGGCAGCUUCCUGGUCACAGACCUGGCAGGCGUGGACUGGAAGAUGACUGACGUGCAGAUCGCCACAAAGCUGCGCGGGUACCAAGGUCUCAAGGAGAGCUGCUACCCAGCCCUGCUGGACCAGUUUGCUUCCUCCCACCAGUGCAACAGCUACUGCGAGAGGCUGGGUCUCAAGCCCCUCAGGGGCACCGAGGCCCACCCCCAGGCCAAGGCCAAAGGCUCCAAGAGUCCAUCUGCUGGCAGGAAGGGCCAGCUGAGUCCGCAGCCCCAGAAGAAAGGCCCCCCGAGUCCCCAGGGCACCCGCAGGAGUGCCUCAAGCACCAAGGCCACCCCGCAGGCCUCAGAGGCAGCUGCCGUCCAGUUCCUGGGAGAGCCUCCCACCCAAGAAGGGGGCUGCAAGGCCCAGGGCAUGCGAUAG